CCCGCCGCCGUCCUGCCGGUCCUCGGGACGCGGCUGGGCUCCGUGUGGCGCCACGCGCGCCCCCCGCAGCCCCGCUAGUGAGUCCUCGCAGCCUGGAGGGAGGGGGACGUCUGGGGUGUCGGAGAGGACUCCGGGUACCCACUCCUGGCCCCGUUUCCAGAAACUUCCAGAUGCUGCUGCUAGGGGUGGUGGGAGCAGCCGUGGGACGCGUGGCCGGGAGCGGGGGUGACAGCCUGGGAUUCCGGGGUCUUCUCUUCCUUGCCCUCCUCUCCUCUCUAUUCCCAGUGUGGCCGUGGCUGACACUAAAGACUUUGUAGCCAUCAACCCGAGUGCAGUUUCGAUGGAAAAUGAAGGUUGCACGUUUUCAAAAAAUACCUAAUGGUGAAAAUGAGACAAUGAUUCCUGUACUGACAUCAAAGAAAGCAAGUGAAUUACCAGUCAGUGAGGUUGCAGGCAUUCUCCAAGCUGAUCUUCAGAAUGGCUUAAAUAAAUCUGAAGUUAGUCAUAGGCGAGCCUUCCAUGGCUGGAAUGAGUUUGAUAUCAGUGAAGAUGAACCACUAUGGAAGAAGUAUAUUUCUCAGUUUAAAAAUCCCCUCAUUAUGCUGCUUCUGGCUUCUGCAGUCAUCAGUGUUUUAAUGCAUCAAUUUGAUGAUGCUGUCAGUAUCACUGUGGCAAUACUUAUUGUCGUCACUGUGGCCUUUGUUCAGGAAUAUCGUUCAGAAAAGUCUCUAGAAGAAUUGAGUAAACUUGUGCCACCAGAAUGCCAUUGUGUACGUGAAGGAAAAUUGGAACAUACACUUGCCCGAGACUUGGUUCCAGGUGACACAGUUUGCCUGUCUGUGGGGGACAGAGUUCCUGCGGACUUACGCUUAUUUGAGGCUGUGGAUCUUUCCAUUGAUGAGUCCAGUUUGACAGGAGAGACAACUCCUUGUUCUAAGGUGACAGCUCCUCAAGCAGCUGCUACUAAUGGAGAUCUUGCAUCAAGAAGUAACAUUGCCUUCAUGGGAACGCUGGUCAGAUGUGGCAAAGCAAAGGGUAUUGUCAUUGGAACAGGAGAAAAUUCUGAAUUUGGAGAAGUCUUUAAGAUGAUGCAAGCAGAAGAAGCACCAAAAACUCCUCUGCAGAAGAGCAUGGACCUAUUAGGCAAACAGCUGUCCUUUUACUCCUUUGGUAUAAUAGGUAUCAUCAUGUUGGUUGGCUGGUUACUAGGAAAAGACAUUCUGGAAAUGUUUACUAUUAGUGUAAGUUUGGCUGUAGCAGCAAUUCCUGAAGGUUUGCCUAUUGUGGUGACAGUGACACUAGCCCUUGGUGUUAUGAGAAUGGUGAAGAAAAGGGCCAUUGUGAAGAAACUACCUAUUGUUGAAACGCUGGGCUGCUGCAAUGUGAUUUGUUCAGACAAAACUGGAACCCUGACGAAGAAUGAAAUGACUGUUACUCACAUCUUUACUUCAGAUGGCCUGCAUGCCGAGGUUACUGGAGUUGGCUAUAAUCAGUUUGGUGAAGUCAUUGUUGAUGGUGAUGUUGUUCACGGAUUCUAUAACCCAGCUGUUAGCAGAAUUGUUGAGGCGGGCUGUGUGUGCAAUGAUGCUGUAAUUAGGAACAACACUCUGAUGGGAAAGCCAACUGAAGGAGCCUUAAUUGCUCUUGCAAUGAAGAUGGGACUUGAUGGACUACAACAAGACUAUAUCAGAAAAGCUGAAUACCCUUUUAGUUCUGAGCAAAAGUGGAUGGCUGUUAAGUGUAUACACCGAACACAGCAGGACGGACCGGAAAUUUGUUUUAUGAAGGGUGCUUAUGAACAGGUGAUUAAGUAUUGUACUAUGUACAACAACAAAGGACAGACGUUGGCACUUACCCAGCAGCAGAGAGAUUUGUACCAACAAGAGAAGGCACGGAUGGGCUCAGCAGGACUCAGAGUUCUUGCCUUGGCUUCUGGUCCGGAACUGGGACAACUGACCUUCCUUGGCCUGGUAGGAAUCAUUGAUCCUCCUAGAACUGGUGUGAAAGAAGCUGUCACAACACUUAUUGCCUCAGGAGUCUCGAUCAAAAUGAUCACUGGAGAUUCACAGGAGACUGCAAUUGCAAUCGCUAGUCGUCUGGGAUUGUACUCUAAAACUUCCCAGUCAGUGUCUGGAGAAGAAGUGGACACGAUGGAGGUCCAGCAGCUUUCACAGAUAGUGCCAAAGGUUGCAGUAUUUUACAGAGCAAGCCCAAGACACAAGAUGAAAAUUAUUAAGUCUCUACAGAAGAACGGGUCAGUUGUAGCCAUGACUGGAGAUGGCGUGAAUGACGCAGUUGCCCUGAAGGCUGCAGACAUUGGGGUUGCAAUGGGCCAGACUGGCACGGAUGUUUGCAAAGAGGCUGCAGACAUGAUCUUGGUGGAUGAUGAUUUCCAAACCAUAAUGUCUGCAAUUGAAGAGGGUAAAGGCAUUUAUAAUAACAUUAAAAAUUUUGUUAGAUUUCAGCUGAGCACGAGUAUAGCAGCAUUAACUUUAAUCUCAUUGGCUACGUUAAUGAACUUCCCUAACCCUCUCAAUGCAAUGCAGAUAUUGUGGAUUAAUAUUAUUAUGGAUGGACCCCCAGCUCAAAGCCUUGGAGUAGAGCCAGUGGAUAAAGAUGUCAUUCGAAAACCUCCUCGAAACUGGAAAGACAGCAUUUUGACAAAAAAUUUGAUACUUAAAAUACUUGUUUCAUCAAUAAUCAUUGUUUGUGGGACUUUGUUUGUCUUCUGGCGAGAGCUUCGAGACAAUGUGAUAACACCACGGGAUACAACAAUGACUUUCACUUGCUUUGUGUUUUUUGACAUGUUCAAUGCACUAAGUUCCAGGUCUCAGACCAAGUCUGUGUUUGAGAUUGGACUCUGCAGUAAUAAGAUGUUUUGCUAUGCAGUUCUUGGAUCCAUCAUGGGACAGUUACUUGUUAUUUACUUUCCUCCACUUCAGAAGGUUUUUCAGACCGAAAGCCUAAGUAUACUGGAUCUGCUGUUUCUUUUGGGUCUUACCUCGUCAGUGUGCAUUGUGUCUGAAAUUAUAAAGAAGGUUGAAAGAAGCAGGGAAAAGAUCCAGAAGAAUGCUAGUUCGACAUCAUCGUCUUUUCUUGAAGUAUGAUGCAUAUUGCAUUUUUUUUUUUUUUAAUUUGCAAACUAGGAAUUGCAGUCUGAGAAUCAUUUAGAAGGGCAAGUUCAAGAAGAUAAUGAAGAUUUAAGGACUUUUUAACUUUCCAUUGACUAAAAAUGAAUAUUAAUGUUAAAGACUUGAUUUGAACCUUUAACCUGUUGGUAGUCCCAAGUGAAAUUAUGCAACUUUGAUAACACCUUCCUUGAUUUGAAUUGGCUUUUUCAAUUGAGUGGAACUUUAUAAACAUAUGGGCAAGUACUGAACUAAAAAAUACAAAAGGCAAAACCUGAACCACCUUCUGCACUUAAAGAGCUCUAAUGUACAAAUACACUAUCUGUCUUAGAUGGAUAUAAAUAUUUUUUUUUAUUUUUAAAUAUUGUACUAUUUAUGGUGGUGGGGCUUUCUUACUAAUACACAAAUAAAUUUAAUCAUUUCAAAGGCAUUCUAUUUGGUUUAUAAAUUGCCAGGAGUGCCAUAUUUCAGUUACUGUUUCCUUUUUCCUGCAACCUAAGCAGACUGACACCUUGUGUUACCAUUUUUGUAUUUUAAGGUUUUUGUUUUGUUUUGUUUUGUUUUGUUUUGCACAGGAUGCAACCACUGUCUGAUCACUGUUCUUUCUUUUUGUGACUGAAAAGCAUAUACUGCAAUUGAAGUAAAUGUUUGCUCUUCUUAUUAAGUGUAAAUGGUUGUUUUUUUGUAGUUGUUCUGUUUUUCAUAGAGGUAUGAGUCUUUGGUCUAACAGAAUUGUUUCAUGGCUGUCAUUGGUAUUGCAGUUAAAGUAAUUGUACUUAAUGCACAGUCAUAGAGUCAAAAAAAAGUUAAGACUCGGUUGGAAUUUAUAACAGAUUAUAUUAAUAUGUCUUUGUGUUUAUCUUAGUUUAAUACAAAUAUACUUUGUCAGUAUCA